GCAGUGGGCACCGUGUGACUGGCUGUGACUGCUGCACCACACACAUGACUUUAGUUGUGAAUGGCCCCGACACGCGGCACAUUCACCAGGCGACAAGUGUCCGUGGGUCCUCCUCUGGCUUUGCAGUAGACCCAGCCUGCGCCUGUUCUACACCCAUGGGUGUCGCUCUCUGUGAUCUUCCCCUGAGUCUGAGACUGAAUGUAAGUGGCUUUGAUCGGCGCAGUUCUAUCCAGUCCGUUUGGCUCAGGCUGGUUCCGGACCGGAUCUGAAAAGGGCCAGUGCGGUUGUUUCAUUUGGACCGAGGAUCCGCACGGAGCGCUGCAGCAGAGGAGGCGCGGAUGUGAUGCCAGAGCUGAGCAGAAAAAACACAGCUUCAAGUCUAAGAAAACCACUGGGUGUCCCCAGAAGAAUCGGGACUGUUCAGUACAGCGACAUGUAGCACCUCAGUGCCCUCAAAGCUGGAUUUGGAGACUUGUCUGCUGUCUACUCAUGAUUCUUCUGUAGUCUAGUCCCAGGCAUCUGCUGCAAUCAUGUUUAGGAACAGCUUGAAGAUGCUGCUGACGGGGGGGAAGGCUAACCGUAAGAGUCGCAGCAGUGAUGGUGGGAGCGAGGAUUUGGCAGACCCCCGCUCACCCAGUCUAGACCCUCAGCUGGGCCACACCGGCCAAGGUGGCAGCAUAGACAGCGACUGUGCCUUUGAAGGAGACUACGCCGUGCCUCCCCUCUCCAUGACCGAGGGCAUGCAGCACAUUCGCAUAAUGGAGGGCGUGUCACGCUCGCUGCCCUCUUCACCACUGCUCACCCAUCAGACCAUCAGUGUGAGGCUACAGCCCAUGAAGAAGCUCACAGCCCCUCUGCGGAAAGCAAAGUUUGUGGAGAGCCCUCGCAUUCCACAAUCAGAGCUUGGCUCCCCUACACACACCUUCACCACUGCCAAGAAUCCAGACCUGGACACAUACUGCCCUGGGGAGUCAAGCCAGGAGCUGGGCCCCCCUCCGUCGGUGGAUGAGGCAGCCAACACAUUGAUGACGCGCCUGGGUUUCCUUCUGGGAGACAAAGUGAGCGAGGGGCCAGCCGGUACCCAGUACAGCAUGGAGGAACCCGAGGCGAGACAGGUCCAGAACCAGAGGAUCAGCCCGUGCUCCACCCUGACCAGCAGCACUGCCUCCCCCCCUGCAGGCAGCCCCUGCUCCACCCUUCCCCCUACCAUGCCCGGCCAGGCUGGCAACAGGGACUGCGCCUACGGUUCUGUCACCAGUCCCACCUCAACACUGGAGAGCAGGGACAGCGGGAUUAUUGCUACAUUGACCAGCUAUUCAGAGAACAUGGAGCGAGGCAGUAAAUACGGCGAGGGAUCCCGGGGAAACCUGAAGCUUUGGCAAUCCCAGAAAUCAGGCAUGGACUCGUUUCUGUACAGGGUGGAUGAAAACAUGACUGCCUCCACCUACAGCCUCAACAAAAUUCCUGAACGCAACCUUGAGAGCAUGUCCUCCCACUCUGCCCACUCCAUCCCUCUGUACCUCAUGCCCCGCCCUAAUUCCGUGGCUGCUACAAGUUCAGCUCACUUGGAAGACCUGGCAUACCUGGAUGAGCAGAGACACACUCCAUUACGCACCUCGCUGCGCAUGCCCAGACAGAGCACCACCUGCGGGCCGGGUCGCUCCGGGCAGGACCUGAGAGCUUCCGCUAACACCCAUGCCUGGCAAUCCCAGUCACUACGUUUUGCACCGUAUCGGCCUCAAGACAUCGCCCUCAAACCUCUGCUGUUUGAGGUGCCCAGCAUCACCAUGGACUCUGUCUUUACGGGCCGCGAGUGGCUCUUCCAGGAGAUCGACGCCCACCUCAACAGCCCCAACGUGAGCACUAACCACGGCGUGGUGGUAGUAGGAAACAUCGGCUUCGGCAAGACCGCGAUCAUCUCUCGACUGGUGGCGCUCAGCUGCCAUGGCACCCGAAUGAGACAGAUUGCCUCUGACAGCCCUCAGGCCUCACCCAAACAUGGAGAAGGGCUUCCCCUCACCCAGCCCCAGCCGUCACAUGGCACCCUGGGCGGAGGCAGCUGUCCAGGGACCCCUGAAAUGAGGAGACGUCAAGAAGAAGCCAUGAGAAGACUGGCAUCUCAGGUGGUGGCGUACCACUACUGCCAGGCAGAUAAUGCAUACACCUGUUUGGUGCCUGAGUUCGUCCACAACGUCGCGGCUCUGCUGUGCCGCUCACCGCACCUUGUCGCCUACAGGGAGCAGCUGCUGAGGGAGCCGCAUCUGCAGAGUAUCCUAAGCCUUCGCUCCUGCGUCCAAGACCCCCUGGCCUCCUUCAGGAGGGGAGUCCUUGAGCCCCUGGAUGCACUUUACAAAGAGAGAAAGAUCAACUCUGAGGAGGACUUAAUCAUCCUCAUAGAUGGUCUAAAUGAAGCAGAAUUCCAUAAACCAGAUUAUGGAGACACCAUUGUGUCUUUUCUAACCAAAACCAUCAAUAAGUUUCCUCCUUGGCUCAAACUGGUGGUCACAGUUCGAACUACGUUACAGGAAAUCACAAAUCCACUGCCGUUCCACCGCAUCUCUCUGGAUAGCCUGGAGGAGAAUGAUGCCAUAGACCAGGACCUGCAGGGUUACAUCCUGCACCGCAUCCACAGCAGUCCAGAGAUCCAGAACAACAUCUCUCUUAAUGGCAAGAUGGACAACACCACAUUUGGCAAGCUCAGCGCCCACCUCAAGGCCCUGAGCCAGGGCUCCUAUUUGUACCUCAAACUCACCUUUGACCUCAUAGAGAAGGGCUAUCUUGUCCUCAAAAGCUCCAGCUAUAAGGUGGUCCCAGUCAACCUGGCUGAGGUGUAUCUGCUGCAGUGCAACAUGCGCUUCCCCACACAGUCAUCAUUUGAGAGGGCCCUUCCUCUGCUCAAUGUGGCAGUGGCUUCUCUUCAUCCUCUGAAUGAUGAGCAGAUAUAUCAGGCCAUUAAUGCUGGUUCACUGGAGGGUACAUUGGACUGGGAGGACUUCCAGCAGCGUGUGGACAACCUUUCAGUCUUCUUGGUUAAGAGGAGGGACGGUACCAGGAUGUUUGUCCACCCAUCCUUCAGGGAGUGGCUGAUCUGGAGAGAAGAAGGCGAGAAGACAAAAUUCCUCUGUGAUCCAAGGAGUGGGCACACCCUACUGGCCUUCUGGUUCUCUCGGCUGGAGAACAAGCUGAACAGGCAGCAGACUAUUGAGCUGGGCCAUCACAUUCUCAAAGCACAUAUCUUCAAGGGUCUUAGUAAGAAAGUCGGGGUUUCCUCAUCUAUCUUGCAAGGCCUGUGGGUCUCCUACAGCACAGAAGGCCUUUCAGCUGCACUUUCUUCACUCCGAAACCUCUACACUCCUAACAUCAAGGUCAGUCGGCUGCUGAUGCUAGGUGGUGCCAAUGUGAACUACCGUACUGAGGUGCUGAAUAACGCCCCUGUGCUAUGCGUCCACUCCCACUUGGGCUACAUGGACAUGGUAGCUCUGCUGCUUGAAUUCGGUGCCUCCGUAGACGCCCCCUCUGAGAGCGGCCUGACGCCCCUGGGCUAUGCCGCCGCUGGAGGACAUAUGGCCAUUGUGACAGCACUUUGCCGCAAGAGAGCGAAGGUGGACCACCUGGACAAGAACGGCCAAUGUGCCCUGGUUCAUGCAGCGCUGAGGGGCCACAUGGAGGUGGUGAAAUUCCUCAUCCAGUGUGACUGGGGCAUGGGGGUCCAACAGCAGCAGUCGCCACAGACCCAACAGCAGACGGCCUUCACCAAGAGCCACGCAGUCCAGCAGGCCCUUAUCGCUGCAGCCAGCAUGGGCUACACAGAGAUUGUGUCCUACCUGCUGGAUCUCCCUGAGAAAGAUGAAGAGGAGGUGGAGCGGGCCCAGAUCAAUAACUUUGACACCCUCUGGGGAGAGACGGCUCUGACAGCAGCCUCUGGCCGAGGAAAACUGGAUGUCUGUCGUCUUUUACUGGAACAGGGCGCGGCCGUGGCUCAGCCCAACAGACGAGGCAUCGUCCCGUUGUUCAGCGCUGUCCGACAGGGACACUGGCAGAUCGUAGACCUUCUACUGACACAUGGAUCAGAUGUCAACCUGGCUGAUAAACAGGGUCGAACCCCUCUGAUGAUGGCCGCCUCAGAGGGACACCUGGGAACUGUGGAAUUUUUACUUGCUCAAGGAGCGUCUUUGUCUCUACUGGAUAAGGAGGGUCUGACGGCUCUGAGCUGGGCCUGUUUGAAAGGCCACCUACCCGUUGUUCGCUGCCUGGUGGAGAGCGGAGCCGCCACAGACCACGCAGACAAGAAUGGACGCACACCCCUUGACCUGGCCGCCUUUUAUGGUGACUCUGACGUGGUUCAGUUCUUGGUUGACCACGGGGCCAUGAUAGAGCACGUAGACUACAGUGGGAUGCGUCCUCUCGACAGGGCGGUGGGCUGCAGAAACACGUCGGUGGUGGUCGCCUUGCUCAAGAAAGGAGCCAAGAUAGGAUGUCAGACGCUGCCCAGUCGGCCCCGAGGUCCAGCCACAUGGGCCAUGGCCACCUCCAAACCCGACAUCAUGAUCAUCUUACUCAGCAAGCUCAUUGAGGAGGGGGACAGUUUCUACAAGAAGGGGAAAGUGAAGGAGGCAGCCCAGCGUUAUCAAUAUGCUCUAAAAAAGUUUCCACGCGAGGGCUUCAGUGAGGACCUCAAGACAUUCAGGGAGCUCAAAGUGUCGCUCUUUCUCAACCUGUCCCGAUGUCGGAGGAAAAUGAACGACUUUGGGAUGGCUGAGGAAUUUGCUACCAAGGCACUUGAACUGAAACCAAAAUCGUAUGAAGCGUACUACGCCAGGGCGCGCGCCAAGCGUAGCAGCAGACAAUUUCCUGAAGCCUUAGAGGACCUGAAUGAAGCCAUAAAGCAGUGCCCUAACAACCGAGAGAUCCAGCGGCUGCUCCAGAGGGUGGAGGAGGAGUGUCGGCAGCUCAGCCAGGAGGAGCACCAGCAGCAUGAUCUGGAGCUGGAGCCUCCUCCUUCCCCUCCCCCUACACCUCCCCCCGAAGAGGAGGAGUCCCUGUCCCUUUCCAUGCCUCUCCCCCCUCCACCAGAGCCCCGUUUGGAAGACAUGGAACCUGUCCAGGACCUGUUUGAGGAUGAAGACUACCUGGAGCAGGAGCUGGAGGCCAUGUCUAUGGGUUUGCCCCCACCUGAGUCACUCACUAACGCCUCCAGCCUCCCCAUCAUUCAGAGCCCGCCAUUGUCCCCCACACAUCCAGACCAGAUCUAUUUAGCCGGUGGGUCACCCAUGGGACAGCCCUACGAGUACCACCCCACCUCCUCCUCCAUGUCAUCUCCAACCCGGGGUUCAUACCAGCCCACUUCACCAUCCCUCUCCCCAACACAUCAGAACUCUCACUACAGACACAGCCCACCUCACACCUCCCCUGUGCACCAGCCGUCCUACCGCUUCAGCCCUCCACCUAUGGGCACUGGGGGACAGGGGAUGGAUCACCAGAGCCCACCACCUUCCCCUUUACGUCGGGCUGCUCAGUACAGAGCCAGUCCACCAGUGGAGAGUGUCUGCCUGUACCGGUCACAGUCCGGUUCACCUGUGCGGUACCAGACAGAGCAGCUCCCAGGCCGGCCCAAAUCCCCAUUAUCGAAAAUGAGCAGCCAGCGCUCGUUCCAGCUGAGCUCCCAACCCUCUCUGUCCUCCCAGCACCAUCAAGCCCAAGGCCUCCGUCUCCAGCCUUCUAUAGCCCAGAUAGUCCGCACAAACCAACCCAGCAACGUCAUGGGAAACAGCAGCUACGGCAGCCAGAUGAGUCACCCGAUUAGCAGCCGCUACCAAGGGGGUUCAGUGGAUGUGGAGAGCCGUCUGGUUUACCAGCCCUCCCUGGAUGGACGGUCCAUGCCCCAGGUCCAGGCCAGCCUAAGCGCGGGGGCCCUCUGUCAGCACGGUGGCCGAGGAGGGGUAAUGGAGUCGGGCCUGUUGAAGGAGGAGCUACCCCAACGCCCCUCCUCUGCCUACCGCGCCAGCAGUGGGGGCCCGGGGGGCAUCCGUUACAGCCAGACACCUCAGAUCAGCCGCAGCCAGUCCGCUGCUUACUACCCGGUCUCUGAGCAUGUGCUGGAGCGUGCUAAUGCCAUGCCCCCCUGCCAGCUGGGCUCUCCUGAGAUCCCCCAUAUGGUGAGACGCCCAGUCAGUGCCAAUACUACUGAAAUGAAGCAACACGUGCCCACCCCCAGGCCUCUCAUCCAUUCUCAGAGCGUAGGCCUUCGCUUCUCCCCCUCCAGCAACAACAUCUCUACUGGAUCCACCUCCAAUUUAGCGCCGGGCUUCAGGCCGUCGUCCUCUAUUCAGCAGAUGGAGAUCCCCCUGCAAGCCACAUAUGAGCGCACUUGUGAUGACAUGUCUCCAAUCUCUCCCUCCCAAGGAGGAGGCGGGUUGUAUCCAGGUGAGACCACCCGCUCUCGAAACACACCUUUCAUGGGCAUCAUAGACAAGACGGCGCGGACUCAGCAGUACCUGCAUCAGCCCUCACGGUCCAGGCCCAUGACAUCCAUGGACUCUGCCAUCAGCCCCACCUCUCCCGGCCAGCUGGUACAACAGGGCUCCACGUACAGCCCCCCCACCUCACUGGGCAAUAUCGCCUACUACAACAAGACCAACAAUGCUCAAAACGGACACCUGUUAGAAGAGGACUACUACUCCCAGACCCAGCCUCCUUCACUUGGCAAACUGGCCAAUGGCUCCCGUGGCAGUGGGGACAUCCUGGAACGGGUCAGCCAGGUGCCCACCUACCCAGACGUGAAGGUGGCGAGGACUCUGCCAGUGGCACAAGCCUACCAGGACAACAUGUACCGCCAGCUCUCUCGUGACUCCCGGUCCCAAGGCCCAACUUCCCCCAUAAAACCAAAGAGACCAUUUGUGGAGUCAAAUGUGUGAUGGUCUGUCUGUUAUCGGUUGGUUUGACUGGGCUUGAGCAUUGGAGUGAGAAAAGAAAUAUAUUUAGCUCAACAGCAGAUGCUGCUGACCCAUGUGUAUGUGAUAUGUAUGAACUAAAGAACUCAUGAGAGACAGAGUACACUCAGAGAAAACCUUGCGGCGGGCACACACUCUUAGGGUAUUAGACAUUCUUACAAGAUAAACACAACUAACAGUGAGAGGUGAUUAUUUCAUUAACAUAUUCUGCACACAGGUAGGAUAACAAGAGGGUCCUAAGGUCAGAUCUCAUACUGAAUCAAAUAGUUCCCACAAGUGAACACAGAACGUGGGACAGUGAAAGUACUAAUCAUUUGACUCUACUUGUGGACUAUGUAUCAAUCUUCUGUUCUUUCGAAGUGUGCUCUUAACCAGGUUAACAAGGUUGCUAGUAGGCUCUAUUCUAUGUAAUACAAUAUUAUAUGUUCAAUACUGUACAUUGCUCAGAAAAUACAAAUGGCUCAACAACUCAGUACUUAGAGAAAAAUGACAAUAUUUAUAAUUAAGUUAUAUAUUGUACAUAGAAAAUGAAACAGAACAUAGUUUGCAUUUGAAAUGUAUUCUGUUAACCCAGCCUUUGUGUCCCACAGCUAAUCAUAUGAAAGUGAAAACCUGACUCGGGUAAGGAAUGAGGGACAUCGACCAACUUUGAAUGAUAUAAUUACCUCCAUUGUGUCAAAAAAGCUUUUUCUGUGGUGUGAUGUGAGGAAAUGUUUUUCUGCGCUGCAGUCUUCAUCCAUUUGAGCCCCCUCUACAAUAAGUAGACUGAACUGAAUUGGACACAAAUAUUUCUCAAAACCAGCCUGUUGCACCUUUUCAAAAGUCUAGUUUUCAGCUAAAUGCUUGUAUCAAAACACAUCUUUAUCAUUUCUACGUCAGGACUUUUUGUUGAUUUAAUCAGGUUCAAUCACUCUUCUGAUUUUCAGAGAAAUCAUUAUCUACUGUAUUUCUUUUAGUAACAUUACUGUACCAUUACAAACCUCACAAUAUUUGCCAGUGUGAAGCAAAACCAGGCAAGGCUGAAAUCUUGUUUGGAUAUGUUGAACAUCUUACCCGUCAAUAACCAAGUAUGAAUACAUGUUUAACAAUGUGCUUAUAAAAAUUUGAAAAAGGUUUGGUUUCUUUUACACACUCAUAUGAUGAAUAUUUGACAGAAAGCUUAUUUAAAGAACAGAGUACUGUAUUAGACAUAUAAAUAAGUCAUGAGUGCAAUAUAUUUGUCUCUAGAUUAAUAUUUGGCUGCAGACAUUUCAAAUACUGAAUGCAUUAUCCCGUGAUACAUGAUUUUUAUUAUUGUUUUAUCAUGUAGCACGAGUAUCAAAGUUUGCCUUUGUCCCUCCUCUGUACAUAAUGAUACUGUAUGUUUCCAGAACUUACAGUUCAUAUAUGCUAGUGAUGGGGUAACAUGGAUAGUGCUCAGCGACUAAAAGCAAGCAAAUGCAUACACAACCACUGUUACAGAUUUUUCUCUCCUGCAUUAUUUUGUGCUCUUUCUUUUUACCCAUACAGCAUUUUUAUUACUCAACUUCUGCACUAAAAUGCCUGUUAAGUUCUAAACUAAGGGUGCACUUUAUGUAUUUUACUUACUUUGUUGUUACGAUUGUUGAAUCAGGAGAAAAUGGGUGUGUGGUCGGUCAGACGCCUCUGACCAGUGAUACCAGACUAUCAUAGACACUAUUAUAUGAUUUACAAAGCAGUGAUGAAUGAUAUUAUGAAGAGCAAACAAUGUUUUUAAACUGGUGAAGAUGUAUAGACUUUCUAGCACAAGUUGUAUAUACUGGCUCAAAUAUUCCAGCUCGGGUACGGGUUAGAGAAGCAAGUCUGAGUUUAGCCAAUCACAUUUUAGUAUUUCACAUCCUAAAAAUCUGCAUCUUAGUCCUCUAACGUCAGAUCAGCUGUCUAAUCCACUGGUUUGCGCACAUUAAAGUUACGUCAGAUCUACUGCAACGAAAUAAAAGGAUCACUGAGGUUCACUAUCCAGCCGCUCCAUGUGUAAUCUGGAGUUUGGGUGUUAAACAAAAGCAGCAUUAUAAUAUUCAAGAUAUUUGUAUAUGUGGAAAAAGUUAUAGGCCGAGUGUCUGUAACUCUUUAUUUUGAUUGUCUGAUAAAGAGUAUCUAAAGAGAGGCAGUUCUUCUGUCAACUGCCUCCUGCUCGCCCUAAGUUUUAUCUGCUAUAAGAAAGAUACCCGACUUAUCUUUACAGAAAUGAAGGUAUAAACUGUAUUAUACUUGAUUUAAACAAGACUUCUUAUUUGAAGAUAUUUGAGGGUGUAUGGUUUCAAGCUGUCUGUGUAUAUUAUUUUGCUGUAAAUAGUCUGAUGCAUGUUCUAUUCUUUCCAUGAGCUCAAGCAGAAACAUGUAUAGCAGUGUCCUGACUCUAGUGUGAUACAAUGUUUGGAUAAUGGGAUCAAGAUAAGGAGACUGCUAUCCCUGAACUAUCCUUAUCAUUUUCCUUCAACCUCACCAGACAAAAGCGAAAGGUUCUUUUAUUUUAUUUUAAUGUAUUUGCUUGCUGAGCAGAGUUCUCUUGUCUGUAAAUGUGAGCUUUCAGAUCGCUGUGAUAAAAAGUUUAAUUAAAAACAAUAAAAAAGAAUGUGUUUUUAUCUCAUGAUAAUUGAUUGUAAUCUGUACAGUCAAACCUAUGUACUGG